AUGUCAAAACACAAUUACCAUAAAUCCCUUGAAGACUUUUUUACUUCUAUAUUACGUCCAUCGAAAAAUGGAAAUAAAAACGACAGUGAACGUAAAGAAAAUGUUUCUAAUAGUAAGAUUGAUGAUUCAGUAUUUCCUAAAGGUUGGUUCUACAUAAAAUCUCCUAUAAAUGGUGGCGUAUUGGAACCACAGAGUUUAUCAUUAAAUUCCGGUGUAAAGAUCGUUUUAAGCACACAACGAUUUGGCUUUGAUGCCGACACCCAGCUUUGGAGAUAUGAGAACGGGUUUAUUAUUAACAAGGAAUCAGGAAAGGUUUUAGAUAUUAAAGGAGAUCGCAUACGUAAAGUACAUGGCACUCACCUUUGCCAAAAUGAUCGUAAAAGCUUACAAAAUGCUGGCUACCAACGGUGGAUAGGUCAUGUGGAUGGCUACAUCUCUCUGCUGAGUGACGAUCGCUAUGUAUUGCACGUCGGCGGUCAUUUCGGGCAUGAAAAAAAUGAGGGUGCAUACGUUUUAGUACAUCACAAAGAGCAUAAUAAUUUUAUCAAAGAUGAAUUGACAAAAAUCAAAGGCGAUGUUAAAAAUGGGUCGAGAAAACAUAAGAAAAAUGGCAGCAAGGAUGAUGGAAAAAAUGGAUGUCUCACCAUGUUUGGUUCAGAAAACUCCAAACAACGAUGGCAGUUUGAAUCGGAGCACGAGAAACCGGUGUUGAUUUCUCCGCCAAUUCCUAAAGACUAUAAUUAUAAUGAUUAUAUUGAUGCUGGUAAUAAGGUGAAUGGGAUCGCGAUACAACAGUAA